AUGGCCAAGAGCUCAAGAUCCAGCGUCACAAAAAAGAACAACCAGAGACUCAAGGCAAAUGUCUUUGGUCCCGUCGAGCAGGCGAGGGCCGAGCGUCUCUCGGCGAAGUUGCUGGAGCUAUCCAGGCAGCCCAAGCCCGAGAAGGAGGCCGAUGUCAACAUGGAUGUUGAAGAGCAAGACGAUGAUGCACAAAUCAACGGCGACGACGCCGAGAAGAAGACUGAGAAGACCGAUGACAAUGUAAUGGACGUUGACUCGGCCAAGCCCAAGCGUCGGUCUGGCAGAAUUCAGAAGCAGAGGAAGAAGACGUCCAAGGUUGUCUUCCCCAAGUACAAGGAUCGCCGCGGUGGUGUCCAGAAGAAGAGGUCUUGA